AUGGGCUUGGUCGACUACUCAGAAUCAUCAGGAUCAGAGGACGAGGCACCUGUCAAGCCAACCGUCUCCAAGUCAACGUCCACUGCCACGGGCAAGAAGCCAUUCCAAAAAGUCGUCGACCGAUCGAACCCAGGCAAGAUCGUCGUCAGUCUGCCAUCAACACAAACCGAAGCCUCGAAGGGUUCGCUCCCUCACGACGAACCUCCAGCGAAGCGCGCGCGCACAGGAAACGGGGGUGGUCGAUUCAGCGGCUUCAACUCUUUCCUCCCAGCUCCCAAGAAUGCUGCUGUAAAGGCGGCUGCUUCGGCGCAAAGCAGCGGCAGCAACACUUCGUCGCGGCCGGCGUUCCAACUCAAAACAGGGGCUGAACCUGGAUUCAGCAGAGAAAGAGGAGGAUCAGAUACGGAUGGGCUGCCAGGCUCCGGCGCCGGCGGGCUCAGUCUGCCCCCGCCCAAAAGCCAAGCGCAACCGUCGAUACCAGAGGGGAUGAAGCCUGCGGAUGAGGUCAAGCUGGUGGGAAAGCCAAUGAUGUUCAAGCCUCUCUCCGUGGCCAGGAAGCCCAAGAAGAAGACAGUGAACUCUAUUCCCCCAGGAGCUACGACACUAAAACCCGCAUCGACUGCGACUAUCCAGCCAGAGGCGGCACCCGCUCCCGCACCGGCACCAGCGCCGAAGAAGGUUUCCCUGUUCUCCAUCGAGACUGAAGAGACAUCUACAGACACCACGACGGCAGGGACCAGCGGCGCAUACGAACCUCUCUUCGAAACAGAUCAGCCGGCAGCAGCGGACAACGGCUACGCAGACUACGCAGCGCAAGCACACUUCACGGCCCCAACGACGGCGCCCAACACGUCAGACUCCCUCGACACCAUUGCCAACGACCUCAACCUCUCAGCGGCAGCCAGGCGCGAGCUAUUCGGCCGGCAAAAGGGCGGCAACGUCGGUGCCGCGCCACAGACGGCGUCGAGGGUCAUCAACUUCAACACGGACCAGGAGUACAGGCACAACGAGGAGAUCCGCGCCGCGGGUCAGCAGCAGAUCCACAACCCCGUGCGGGCCAUCGCGCCGGGCAAGCACAGCCUGCAGCAGCUCGUUAACCAGGUGCAGAACCAGCGCGAGGCUCUCGAGGACAGCUUCGCCAAGGGGAAGAGCAACAGGAAGGAGGCGUCGAGUCGCUAUGGAUGGUAG